AUGUUUCGAUCGCACUUCUUCUGUUGCUUGGCAACCGAUCCCACAAAUUUUGCCACAUUACACUGGUUUUUAAUGCCUCUGUUCAGAUUCUCUGUGGAGCGUCAUUGUUUCACGGUGUUGAUCAGUGCUGAGCGAUAUUUCACCAUCAAACACUCCUUUGCUAAUGGCAUUUUAAUCACGAAAGCUCGUCUAAUCAUCUCUUCUGUUGUAGCUUGGAUUGCAACACUGAUUCUGGUUAUCGUGCCCACAGUAACCAGAAUAACAGUCAUUUUAAUUUUAAGACAGAUUGCAGCUAUUUCAUUAAUCGUCGCUCUUCAAGUUAUUGUGUACAGAGAGGUUCGCCGACAUGAAAAGCAAAUUCUUGCACAGCAAGUUUCCCUGGAAGAAAGGUUAAAAUUUCAAAAGGAGAAACGGGCGUUAAAGCUUACAAGUACAAUAAUCGCAGCAGUUGCCGUCUCCUACACGACUCCAUGGAUAAUAACUGUCAUUGCUCGGCUACUGUUUGCCAAAGAAAUCAUUGAUGUUCUCAUGGCGGUGAGAGAAGUAGGCCUUUUGCCUCUCUUGUUAAAUUCAGUAAUUAAUCCGAUAAUUUACACAGUAAAAAAACAACCGUUUCGAAUUGCCGUCAUCGAGCUGUUGUCAGGAAAAAGUUUUCAAGAGGCUCAAGCUUUCGAUGGACGGCUAUUUGGAUCAAAGGCUAUCGGUAUUGUCAAACCUACAAGAAGCCAGAAG